AUGACGGAACAUGUAACGAAGAGUACAUCCAACGACGGGUCAACUCCCACUCUUGAACAAGAUUCGGAAGAAAGCCCAUUGAUUGGAAGUGAACAUGAUUUUGAUGAAAUUAAUUCAAGCAGAGUUCAAGAGAUUGAUCCUGAUGAAAUAUCGGAACAUGAGAAAACCUGUAUUAAUAAUCUUCUUUCUUCGGAAACUCAUUGGUCAACAAAACUUGAUUGUUUACAAGAAAUAGAUGAUGUGCUUACAUCGGGAAAGUUGUCAAAGAAAAAAGCAAUUUCAAUAUCCUCGUCUAUUGUCGAGCCGCUCUCACAAAUGCUAUCAGAUCUUCGAUCAUCGAUUGUUAAGGCGUCAAGUGACGUACUUCUUUCGGUUGCCAAGCUUCUGAAAGAAGAUUUUCAAACACAUAAUGACCAAGUUCUUAGACCUCUCAUGAAAAGUUCUUUCUCAAUCAUAGAAUCCAUUGCCACUUCGUGCCGAAUAUGUCUAGAAGACAUUGUAAAUAUCCCAGGUGCAAUUCACGAAAAGUCUUUCAAAUUAUUUGAGGAAUUUUUGGAGGAUGUAGUUUAUCAAGGAAACGCCAACACCAAGCUAACCGCCUUGAACAUUAUUACAUCCUUGCACAAAGAGAGAGAAAACAUUUUUGAUAAGGAAACUAUAUUAAAAUCUCUGAAGAAGUUAAAGAGAGACGAAAAUAAGGACGUACUAAUUGCUGUUGACAAUGUAGAGAAUCUUUUUAACACAGAAAAAACUGAAACAGCAAUUAUUGUAAAUGAAGAUGUAGCUCGAUCAUUGAGGUCUAGUUUAGAGGAAAUUGAUACAUCAUUCACACAACAACCGAGUCCCAGAGUGGAUUCGUCACUCUCCCCUAUUGAACCUUAUAUGCGCCAUAUUACUCCUCUUUACUUAGAUGCAGCAAGAGUAAACCUGGAUAAUGUAGAGAAAAAGGAUGGUUCAACCUCACCAAAAGAAAAAAUUAUUUUCACAAUAGAAGAUGUGGAGAAGAUUAAGAAUGAAUGUAUUCAAAAAGUUCUAACGGAGAUGUCAAUAUUAAGCGCCGAUUACGACGAUAUGGAAGUGAGGUUAAACAAUGAAAUUCGAAAGAGAAGAGAGCUCGAAUCGUUUGUUCAAAACUAUGAAAAGGAAUUUAAGAACUUAUCCUUGAAAAAUGGGGAUGAAAAAGAGAAAGAAAGUAUCAAAGUUCAAUAUACCCAGCUAUUAAUCGAUUACUCAAAGAUUGAAUCAUCGUUUAAAGAGCUUAAAUUACGAUAUGAUGAAAUGAAAAAUAUUAACGAGAAAUAUAAGCAAAAUGAAGCCAUUAUGAAAGAAAAACUGCAAUCCAGUGUAAGAGAAUGCAAAAUCUAUGAGGCUAAAUAUGUGAAACUUAAAGAACAUGCUGAACAGCAGCUCAACAAUGCCAAUAUUAAGUUGAAAGAAUUGGCAGCUGUAAAAUCUCACUAUGAACAUACUAUUUCUACAUUGGAACAAGAGGUGUCAAAAGUGAAAAAAGAGAAAGAUGAGAAAGAUGCCAUAAUUGAAAAUUUGAACGAAAAGGUUAAAAAGCUUUCACAGGUUCCAAAAACUCAAAUUAAAGCAUUGGAGGAUAAAAUUAAAAACUUGGAAAUGGCAAACGAGCAGCUAGUUUCAGAUAUUGGAGAAUGCCAAAGGCGAGCCUUAACCACAGAGACCGAGCUGAGAAAACAAAAGGAAGAGAAUCAAGGACUUGUCUCACGAAAUGAAGAGUUACAACAAUCACUGCAUGUUUUUUACGAAGAAAACCAAAAGCUAAAGGCCAAAAUUUAUGACAAAACGAAUGAGAUUGAGGCCUUAAAAACACUGAUUUCGUCUUCCAAACCUUUAAACCCAUCCUCUUCAUCGAUCGAACUUGAGGAAAAGUUAAAGAAAGAAGAAGAGCGGCGACAACAGCUUGAGUCCAGGUUAAAAGCCAAAGAAAAAGAAAACAAGGAGCUGUUAGACAUUUGCAAUCAGCUCAUUGCCAAAAUUGAACGAAACAAACAAGAAGAAUAA